AUCAAAAGUGUGUCAGUCUUGCAUAACAAAGUUGAUUCCAUCCAAACACACUUCCAGCAUUACACGUUUUUAUGACAGAAAAGGCUCUCAAAUGAAUAAGAAAAUAAUAACUCGAUUCUUGGCUGUGUCGUGUGUUGGAGGUGGAGCGUUUCUAACUGGAGUUUAUGUUGAAAGACGAAAGUUUCAAAACAAUCAACAAGACGGUAGCCGGAACAUUUUUCACAACCAAAAGACUUUGACACCGAAACCAGCUCUGCCCAUUUUCGGUACAGUAUCUGCGGCAACAGCAGUGGUUCCAAGUACGAACAACAAUGCGGUUUCCUUUCCGGGACGAGUGUCAGAAAUUAUGAAAUACGGAUUUCCUGGCAUGGACAACAUACGAAGCUAUUCAGAUUACGUUCUAUCAUACGACAGAAGGAACCGUGUCGCUCACUGGACAUUUGAACAUUUGACGCCCCAAUCCGUGGAAGCUAACGAUCAAGUCGACCGUUCGAAGAGUGACUUUAAACCAGACGAGAGCAUUCAUCCAUAUUUCCGGUCUCUCAACUCUGAUUAUAAAGGUUCUGGUUUUGAUCGCGGUCACUUGGCCGCUGCUGGAAAUCAUCGUUCCCAUCAAGUUCAUGUCGAUCAGACCUUCUAUUUAACCAACAUGGCCCCACAAGUCGGUGUCGGCUUCAACCGUGAUUCGUGGAAUCGACUCGAAAGUUACGUGAGGAAGUUGGUACGAAAACACAAAAAUGUUUUCGUCUGUACGGGACCGUUAUACUUACCUCGGAAAGAGGCUGACGGCAAGACAUACGUGAAAUAUGAAGUAAUCGGUGCGAAUUCCGUUGCUGUGCCUACACACUUCUAUAAAGUUGUCGUUUGUGAGACGUCAGACAAUCAGUUGGAAAUGGAAUCUUAUGUGAUGCCGAAUCAGAAAAUUGACAACGACACACCGCUGAAGGCUUUUCAGGUUCCCCCCGAAAGUAUUGAACGACAUGCGGGACUACUGUUUUUCGAUAAAAUUUCUCGUCAAAAACUGCGAUCAAUAAAUGGAAAACCCGUGUAACUAAUGUAGAAAAAAUGUUGACUUGCAACUUCUGGAAAUACAGGAUUUGUUAAUUUA